CCUCUUUGAUUCGUUGCCAUUCUCCAACCAAGAAGAGAAAAAAACACGUUCAGAACCGCUUCAUCAAUAACAUGCCGACCGAAACUCGGUAGUAACAGGACAUUUUUUGCAUCAAAAUGUUGGUGUGCGGCCAAGACGAGAUUGACUUGUCUAGAGAUGGCAGCCACUACAGUCUCUCUACUGGGAUACUACCUUCCCUUGGAGCCAAAAGUAACCGCAGACUUAAGCUCAAGCCCUUCAUUGUUUCUCCCUAUGACCGCCGUUACAGGAUAUGGGAAACUUUCCUUGUUAUUCUGGUGGUUUACACUGCUUGGGUUUCUCCCUUUGAAUUCGGAUUCCUGAAGAAACCACAAGCACCCCUUUCCAUAACCGAUAACAUUGUCAAUGGAUUUUUUUUCGUGGAUAUAGUUCUGACCUUCUUCGUGGCUUACAUUGACAAAAGCAGCUAUUUGAUCGUGGAUGACCGAAAACAAAUUGCUUGGAAAUAUGCAAGGACUUGGUUGUCCUUUGAUGUUAUCUCCAUCAUUCCUUCUGAGCUUGUACAAAAGAUAUCACCUUCUCCUCUUCAAUCUUAUGGCCUAUUCAACAUGCUUAGGCUUUGGCGUCUUCGAAGAGUUGGUGCAUUGUUUUCUCGGCUUGAGAAGGACAAAAAUUAUAACUAUUUUUGGGUUCGAUGCGCUAAGCUCAUUGCUGUUACCCUCUUCGCUGUCCAUUGUGCUGCAUGUUUCUAUUAUCUUAUUGCUGCUCGUUAUCAUGAUCCCAAAAAGACAUGGAUUGGUGCAACGAUGGAUAAUUUCCUUGAACACAGCUUGUGGUCAAGAUACGUGACAUCUAUUUACUGGUCCAUUACUACCUUAACAACUGUUGGUUAUGGAGAUUUGCAUCCUGUGAAUUCAAGGGAGAUGAUCUUUGACGUCUUUUAUAUGCUCUUUAAUCUGGGUUUAACAGCAUAUUUGAUUGGUAAUAUGACCAACUUGGUUGUCCAUGGCACAAGUCGAACCAGAAAAUUUAGGGAUACCAUACAAGCUGCCUCAAAUUUUGCCCAAAGGAACCAAUUGCCACAUCGGUUGCAAGACCAAAUGCUUGCACACUUGUGUUUGAAGUAUAGAACAGACUCAGAAGGGUUGCAACAGCAAGAGACACUUGAUUCUCUUCCUAAAGCCAUCAGAUCGAGCAUUUCACAUUAUCUUUUUUAUUCUCUGAUUGACAAGGUCUACUUGUUUCAUGGGGUUUCAAAUGACUUGCUCUUUCAAUUGGUGUCAGAGAUGAAAGCAGAAUAUUUUCCACCCAAAGAAGAUGUUAUCUUGCAAAACGAAGCCCCCACUGACUUUUAUAUACUGGUCACUGGUGCCGUGGAACUACUAGUUCUUAAAAAUGGGGCUGAACAGGUUGUUGGAGAGGCCAAAACUGGUGAUCUUUGUGGUGAGAUUGGUGUGCUUUGUUAUAAGCCACAGCUUUUCACAGUUCGAACGAAGCGACUAAGUCAGUUGCUCAGGCUAAACCGUACUACGUUCUUGAAUAUUGUUCAGGCCAACGUGGGAGAUGGAACCAUAAUAAUGAAUAAUCUCCUUCAGCAUUUGAAAGAGAUCAACGAUCCAAUCAUGGAGGGAGUUUUGGUGGAUAUUGAGAACAUGUUAGCUCGUGGUAGGAUGGACCUACCAGUGAGUGUGUGCUUUGCGGCAGCAAGAGGAGAUGACUUGUUGUUGCAUCAAUUACUCAAACGAGGCAUGGAUCCAAAUGAAUCCGACAACAAUCGAAGGACAGCUUUGCAUAUAGCGGCAUCUCAAGGAAAACAGAACUGUGUUUUGCUUCUGUUAGACUAUGGGGCGGAUCCCAACAUUAGAGAUUUGGAAGGUAAUGUGCCACUAUGGGAGGCUAUAGUGGGAGGACAUGAAUCAAUGAGCAAGCUGUUAUCAGAGAAUGGAGCAAAUUUGCAAUGCGGGGAUGUGGGCCAAUUUGCAUGUACUGCCGCUGAACAAAACAGCCUCAACUUGCUGAAGGAAAUAAUGCGCUACGGAGGAGAUAUCACGCUUCCAAACAGCAGCAACACAGGGACCACAGCUUUGCACGUUGCAGUCUCUGAAGGCAACGUUGAGACUGUCAAAUUCCUUUUGGAUCACGGGGCGAGUAUUGACAUGCCAGACAAGCAUGGCUGGACCCCAAGAGAUCUUGCAGAUCAGCAGGCACAUACAGAAAUCAAAGCCCUUUUUGAUUCCAUUGGGGAGCCUAAGGUCCAUUCUUCCGUCGCUAUUCCGGUGAGGAAUAGCAAGAUCAAGUACCUUGGUAGGUUCACAAGUGAGCCAACCAUGACAUUGCCUCUUGAUGGAUCGUUUCAUGGAACUGAUGGCUCUUGGAGCCAGAACCAGAGCCAAAACCAGAGCCGGCCGAGGCGUCGGAGCAACAACUACCAUAACUCUCUGUUCGGGAUAUUGUCAGCAGCACACAAUGGGGAAAAGUACCUGCUUUCAGCUGUUGACAUGAAUAACAAUGCAAGGAAUGGUAUGAAGAGUAGUAGUGCAGUUGGUCCAACUAGAGUUAUAAUUAGUUGUCCUGAGAAGGGUGAGGUUGUUGGGAAGCUUGUUUUACUGCCUGGAAGCUUUCAAGAGCUAGUUGAGAUUGGAGCCAAGAAAUUUGGUUUCUAUCCUAAUAAGGUUGUAUGCAAAGAUGGAGGUGAAAUUGAAGAUAUAGAGAUAAUUAGGGAUGGUGACCAUCUUGUUUUUCUUGGUGCAAGUGGAGGGUGCUAGAAUCCAAUCGUGCAGCUCCAGCAACACCACUAACCAAUGGCGUGCAUAUAUAAAAUGCAUAUAAGGAACGUCUUUACUGUUAUUGUAAUUGUUUUAUUUUUCCUGUCUCAUCUGUGUUCUCAUUCUCAAUUGUAAAUCUUUAGCCUUCUUCUCAUGGUUAAUGUGAAAUAAUAUAUUUCUGCCUACGUCU